AGCUGCAGCGGCUGUUAACCGGAGACACGCAGAGACGAGGGGAGAAAUCACUGGACCUGGAGAGAGUUGAGAGCUACACACACCACUCGGGAUUGUUUUUGCGUUAUUCCUGCUGAGGACGACGUUGUCAAAACCGGGAUUUACUGCUGCCAAGAAGAAGUGGGAGAUAAUCUGCGUGUGAGAGGAAAAUUGGGUACAGCCUCAAGAUGCCCUGUGGCUUUGUCUGAAUCAGCGAGUUCUGGUGCUUCCAGGCCUGUAACCCUCCAGACAACAGGGAGCUGCAUAGUCUGGCAGGUUCCAGAAGUAUAGGUGCUCUCUGCUCCACCAACUGAGACUCCAUGGCUGCCGGUGCUGCCGCUUGACUCAUUGCACCGUCCAGUAUCCCCCACAGUUGAGGCUUGACUAGUCUUCAUCAUCGUUGUACUACAGUCGGUUCCUGUAGCCCGUAGCUUCAUGGAGGGGUUUCCUGUCCACUGACCCAGCAGGCUGCCUCACUGGACCAGCAGCCAUGUCCGCCUGCAGCACCUUCACCGAGCACGUGUGGAAACCAGGCGAGUGCAAGAACUGCUUUAAACCUAAGAGUCUGCACUGUCUGGCUCAAAGUAGUGGAGGGAAGCCUCCUUCUGAGCAGAGGCCUCCAACAAUUCAGCAACAGAAUCCACCCCCUGCUGGAGCCAGAGCCAACACUAACCUUACCGUCAUCUCCCAGAGGGCUGGCAGUGGGUCUGCCCGCUCAGGACACUUCCGUCCACCGGUGGCUAAGAAGCCAACCAUUGCUGUUAAGCCCACUAUGAUGCUGCCCUGCUCCUCUGCAGGACUGGAUGCAGAUGGCAACCUGCAACGACCACCAAAUGUGAUAGAACAGGGCAAAACAUCAGCCUUUACGGUCUGGAAUCGCAAUGGACUGAACCGUAAGAGGCCUGGUGGACCCAGCAACAACAACGAAGGAGAGGAUGGCAGUGAGGAGAUUGAAGGUUACGGACCACUUAGCCCAAGGACCCCUAGUGGAAAUAAUAACAACAGUGGACUGACAGAUGUCCUAAAGGAAAUUGCCGGGUUAGGCCCUGGCCCUAGCCUCAUGCCCCUUUCUGGUUCCAAGGACUUGUUUUGGGGACGAAUCAGUAGUUCAUACCGACGGUCCUUGGAAAGAGGCCUUCCAGCCUCAAGCUGUCUUGCCAUGGGAAGCAGCAGUUAUGGUGGUGGUAGUGGUAGUGGUGGUGGUGGUGGUGGUGGUGGUGGUGGUGGUGGCACCACCGCUCAAAAACGGGUAUCCCUUAGCGAUAGCUCUGAGGUCAUCAGCACAGAGGGUGGUCGCUUUUGCUACCCCGAGUUUUCCAGUGAAGAUGAUGAGGACGAGGAGGAUGAAGACGAAGAGACCGAAAGGGAUGAUGAUGAACAUGAGAGCUGGGAUGAAAGUGAUGAAGAGUUACUAGCCAUGGAGAUCCGUAUGCGAGGCCAACCACGAUUUUCAAAUUUCCGCGCUGCCACCAUGUCUCCGGUGCCAUUUGCUGCAGGGAAAAAGUGGAAUACUGUGCCACUCCGCAACCGCUCACUACAACGGAUUUGUGCAGUGGACUAUGAUGAUAGCUAUGAUGAGAUCUUGAAUGGAUACCCAUCUAUGGACUCCAAUGGAAUGCUUCUUCCCUAUGGGCCUCAUGACAUGCAAGGCAGUGGGUUCCUAUCAAAUUCAGAGUCUACCACUUCUCCAGAAUCAUCGUCAUCACUACAAGAGGAUUCCCGAACAACUUCCAGCAGUGGGAGCAGUGCCCCCUGUGCUCUUCGAAAUGGCGUGCAUUCUCCCACAUCUUCUAAGGCACCUGUCCCCUGCACUUCUCCUCCAAAAAAGGAGCCCGUCCACAGAGCACUGAGUCCAGUCAAGGUGACUGAAACACACAAGGCUGUCCUGGCCAUCAGAUUAGAAGAUCAGGAUGGCAGAGAAGGCACGCCAAUGCCCCAGGCCCUCCCAGGUCAACCAGUCACUAUCAGUUUUAGUCCCACAGAGGAGCAGGCUAAACCAUACCGUAUAGUGAAUUUGGAAAAAUCGCUGAUCUGUAAGCCUUACACCGUAGUGGACGUGUCAGCAUCCAUGGCCAACAAAGACGAGCAGGCUCCAGACUCUGCUCCAAAACCCAAAAACCUGUCAAUGCCUUCCAGCCCUACAUCGUUCUGUAGCACUCCUUUAGGUCAGCCCCUGUCUCCAACCUCCCCUCUUUCUCCUUCUUCUCCUGUGAUGCCAACAUCACCCACAUCUGUAGCCCUGGCAGGUACCUCCCGAAAGAAAUCAGGGAACAUACGCUACCAAGAAGUGUGGACAUCAAGCACAAGUCCUCGCCAAAAGAUACCUAGAGUGGAUCUAGGCGUUGGGAGUAAUCCCGGCCCUUCCAUCCCUACUCAACACUGCAGCCACAAGUCGGCUCCCACUUCUCCCAUUGCUGGGCUGUCCUCCUCCAGAACUGUACCUGUGAAAUCCUCCAAUUUAUCAGAGAUCAAGUUUAACAGUUUCAAUAAUGCAGGCAUGCCUCCUUUUCCCAUUAUUAUUCGAGAUGAACCAGCCUAUGCCCGCAGCUCCAAGAAUGCUGUUAAGGUACCUAUUGUUAUCAAUCCAAGUGCAUAUGACAACCUAGCUGUGUACAAGAGCUUCUUGGGACUCAGUGGGGAACUGCCACAGCCAAAAGGGGCAGGUAGUAGGGCAGCCAGCCAUACUUAUGAAGAGAUUGGAUCCUCUGAGAGCGUCCAGUCCUCGUCAACAGAGAAAACUAUCUCUGGUAGAGGCACAUCAGAGAGAGCCUCUUUUGAAGAGACAAAAACUCCACCUGAGGCAGUGUCAAAAGCACCACAUUUACAACCUAGAACCACUACAGACUCUAGCACUGUGACAAGCACUGUGAUGAGCUCCACAGUUGGGGCCCUCUCUCCCACUAAAUCAUCAAAUUCCCCUGCCAUUCUUGCCAUUACUGCAAACCUACCUAAAACCAGCCCUACUGCCAAUGCUGUUACACACAUUUCCAAGAAAAGUGGAGAUGCUACUUGCAGUAAAGAUGAUAAUAUAGACUUAUAUUUGUCCUCUGGGACAGUGGCAUGCCAUAGGGAGGAGGCCAGUACUGUGCUUUUACAGAUUGUGGCCGCCAUCCAGCCUCCCCAGUCUCCUCCAGAGUCGCCCACAGCACAAGCCAAUACCCUCAAUUCUGAGGAGCUGUAUGCCCUCCCACCUGAUGCCAUGAUGGAGACGCUCACCCGACCCAAGUCUCUCUUUUCCACAACUGAUGCCUGUCUUUCCAAACCCAAGAAGGAGACGCCCUCCAAAGUUUUGUCUAAAUCCCAGAGUGCCUCUGCUGCUGUCCCACUCUCCAGCCCUCGGUCAGAGCCCAAUGCCCCCUUCCCCCCUCCUAGAUCUACAUCUUCCCCUUACCACGCCACUAACAUCCUCCAGAGACAUUUUAGCAACUGGACCAAGAGCUCUGCCUCCAGUUCUCCUGUACGGCCCAGUGAAGGUGAAGCAAGUCCAGGCGGAGAGGGUAGACGGAUUUCAACAGAAAGCUCCAAACCCAAACGCUGGAUCUCAUUUAAGAGCUUUUUUCGUCGGCGGAAAGACGAAGACGACCAGAGAGAGAGGGUAGAAAAAGAGAAGGACAAAGGCAAGCUGGUCGGUCUUGAUGGAACAGUCAUUCACAUGCUUCCACCACCACCAAUCCAACAGCAUCACUGGUUCACCGAGGCCAAGCCAGAGGAUCCCAACCAGAAGCCGACCAUCAUCUUCACCUACAAGCCAGAAAGUGGCAGCACCCCCGGGGACGGAGAAGGAGAACUACGAGUAGAGGAGUGCAGAGAAAAUACCCUACUGACGCCCGAUGAGAGCAAGGAGUCCAGACCCCUGAGCCCAGGCCGAACAACACCCUCACACACCACAGGAUGUGAUCUCAUCAGCAAGGAUUCCAGCCAGGUACCAGUCGGCGCCAGCAAUGCCAGGGAUCGGGAGCUGCCUGGCGCCGCCUCCCUGCUUGCCAAAGUGAAUCUGGGGCUGGUGCUCGGGGAGGGAGAGGAGGGCCAUGCCAGCCAGGUUGCCACACCAGCUUCAGCCAGCGAGGGCAGCGCCAGCCUCGGAGAGCCAGAGGAGGACGGGAAUCACUCCCACUCUCCCGCCUCCAGUCAGUGCAGCGCCACGUACAGCAACAUGGGUCAAUCCAGAGCCAACAUGAUCCCACUCAAACAGCCACGAAACGUGAAAGCAUCCAACGAUACGUUGGCGUCCAUCGACCUGGACUUCCACGCUGACCAGCCGCCCUCUUAUGCCACACCGCCACCGCUACCUAAGAAGAAUGUACCUCGCUCCAGUACCGAACCCAGUCUGGCAGGCAAAGAGUCGGUCCAGGGAGGGGUGAGACCUCGGGCUGAGGCCAGACCUGGAGGCACCAACCUGAGCGUGGCCAACCCUAUCUACGACUUGGACUCCACCUGGGAGACCGCCAGUCAGAGUUCGUCUCUCAGCUCCGAGCCUCAUCGAGUCCACGACCACGAGAGCGGCGACUCCCUGGAGAGGCCGGCGACAGCUGCCACGGCGACCAACAAGAGCCGCCCGACUAACAGCGUCCCCUCCCUGGUUCCUCAACCUGCUGCAUCCGCUGCACCCAGCGCCACGGCCGGCAGAGAGAGGAGGGCCUACACGAGUACGGAGUCCCUGGCUGGAAGGGGACGGACGACAGCGGGUCGAGGUGCUGCUGCUGCUGGAGCAUCCAAACCCCAGAGACCUGCUCUGUACAGGGGGCUAGACAGCUGGGAUGAGGUGGUGGGGAGGAUCCGGGGGCUCCACACGGACACGCUGCGGAAGCUGGCGACAAAGUGUGAGGACCGUUUCAUGGCCGGUCAGAAGGAUCACUUGAGAUUCGGCACUGACAGCUGGUCCCACUUCAGGCUGACCACCGGGAAACCCUGCUGUGAGGCGGGGGAUGCUGUGUACUACACUGCCUCCUACGCCAAGGACCCGCUGGUCAACUACGCCAUCAAGAUCUGUCGGAGCAAAGUGAAGGAGACCCAGCAGCAGUUCUUCCACAGCCUUGCAGUGAGACAGAGCCUCGCCGUGCACUUCAAUAUCCAGCAGGACUGUGGACACUUCCUGGCUGACGUCCCCGCCCGCCUGCUGCCCUGGGAAGAGGAGGAAGGUGAGGAGGAGGAGGAAGAGGAGGAAGAAGAGAAGGAGGAGGAAGAUGUAGAUGCGUCGAAGGAGAAAGAGAAAGAGAUUAAGACUGAAACCAAGGCGACGGACUCCAAAGCGCCAAAUGGUAAACUAGACGAAACCCCGGCAGCGGGUCACAUGAACACUGUCGGCCGCUUGAGGAGCCGAGUGGUGGUCAUCACGCGCGAGGUGCCCUUCCAGACGGUGGCCGACUUUGUCCGAGACGGCGUGGCGCGGCACACUCACAACCCGGAGCUGUACGAGCGUCAGGUGUGUCUCCUGCUGCUGCAGCUGUGCUCCGGCCUGGAGCACAUGAAACCGUAUCACGUGACCCACUGUGACCUGCGACUGGAAAACCUGCUGCUGGUCCAAUGCCAACCUGGAAACUCCUGGAACCUGGACAAUCUUGAGCCCAACAACAACAGCAACAGCAGCAGCGGCGGCUCUGGUGCAACCUCCGCCGGUGCUGCUACUGCUGCCGCCAACGCCACCUGCCCCGCCCGCCUCAUCAUCAGUAACUUCUCCCAAGCCAAACAGAAGAGCACUCUGGCCGCCGACCCUGGUACGCUGCGCGACCAGUCACGCCUGGCGCCGGAAAUUGUCACAGCGACACAGUACCGCAAGUGUGACGAGUUCCAGACCGGGAUUCUCAUCUACGAGAUGCUGCACCGGCCCAACCCCUUCGAGGAGACGCCGGAGCUGAAGGAGCGUGAGUACACGUGGGCCGACCUGCCGCCGCUGCCGGUCAGAUCGCUCUAUUCACAGGGUCUGCAGCAGCUCGCCAGGCUGCUGCUCACCGUCAACCCCUCUGAACGGAUCCGCAUGUCCGAGGCCCGGGCCUGCCUGCAGUGCCUGCUCUGGGGCCCCCGGGAGGACUUGUUCCAGGCGCUUGGCUGCAGCAGCACGGGCCCCAUGUCGGGGGCCACCUCCAGCCAGCGCGAGGCCACCCUCCAGAACUGGCUGGACCUGAAGCGGACACUGAUGAUGAUCAAGUUUGCGGAGCGCUCGCUGGACGCGGCUUGCGGCGUGAGCCUGGAGGACUGGCUGUGCUGCCAGUAUCUGGCGUUCGCCACCACGGACACGCUGAGCCGGGUGGUGCACAUCUUGCAGCAGCCACAGCCGCAGCCACACGCUCAGUCCCAGAACCAGCCGGCGCACGCAGCACCGAGCCAAACGCACCAAACACACACCCUCCACCUGACGCAGUCACAGCCACUCUGAGCUCCUCCGGCCAGUUGUUACUAUGGCAACAGAUCCAACUUCCUCCCCCGCCCUGUGUGGUCCCUCUGCUGACGCUAAUGUGUGAUGUAAGCUAAUAGUCAGCUUUGUUGUUGCAGCAGCCACAGCUCUCGCCUAAAACUAAACAGCUGGUCGUGCAAACGUCUGUUUUCUUCAUGAACAAAGUGGAUCCACAGAGCGAGAGGCUGAGUUCCCAUCAGACAGGCUUCAUGGUCGGGGUUAUUCUGAGCACUCGUUAGCAACAGCAGGAUGGUGAAGAGUCCAGCAGAUGAAGUGGUUGUCUGACAUUGUUCUCAGAUCUAGGCCAAGACAAACUGAAUUGUUAUUAUAGAGAGGCGAAGUCCCGCCCCUUCCGGUGAACCAUCAUGGGACCUUAUUUCGGAAAAAAUAUGAACGGUAGUCAACGGAGAGAGACAGAUAUUUCUUUUGAUCCCGUUUGAAUUGCGCCAUGAAUCACAUAUAAGAUAUUUGUCAAAUAUCUUAUAUGACCCAAUCACGGAUAAGCGGUUGAAGAUGGAUGGAUAUUUGUCAAAUUAAAACAUAAUUUUGAAAGUCAAGAGAGUCACAGUUGGUCGUAUCAUUUAGUUUUAUGUGAAACCGCUCCAAAAACUUUAUUUACAAAGUUCAAUACAGUAGUUACAUAAACAUGUUCAGAUUUUUCAUUACAUAAACAUCAGUAAAUAUAUUUCACAGUAUAAAAAUAAUAAAAUUAGAAUAAAUUAUUCAACAAAUAAAAUGUAAGGAAAGGAAAAGAUGAAGGUCUGUUAAACAAUUGGAACACAUUUGAAAUUAUCUAAUAGUUUCUGCCAAUUUAGAAUUUUAAUUUAAAUUGUAUAAGCUUUCAAUCAUAGUCAAACGUGUUUUAAAAUAGGAAUCUUUAAAAGUAUAAACAGAGGGUAUUAUUUUAGGCCAUAUCAUUUUAUGGAUAUAAUGUUUUGAUAAGAAAAUAUGAAUCAAAAGAUAUUAAUCAAAUGAAUUAUGUAAAUCCGCUCAGUGAACUACAUCUUGUCUCGCACAAUAUACGUCACCAACGCCAGCUAGUUAGCUAACUUAGCUGUGUUGCACGCACAGAUGAAACGUUAUCUUACCUGAUGUGUUUCAUCCAGCGACUCCUGGUCUUUUUAUCAGCCGGGAAGAGAAAGAACGAGCGAGACCCGUUGCUCGUGUGAGUUCAUCCCAGUAGGAAACACAUAGACAUCGUAGCUUCAGAGAGAGUCCUUCAAAUUAGGUAUUUUCACAGUCUGAUUCUUCAACAGACAACAAACUGCGACUCUCUUGACUUGCAAAAUUAUGUUUUAAAUCGAUAAACAUUAUGUUUGUGAUUCAUGGCUACGGGAUAAAAAAAAUAAUUGUCUCUUGCCGUUGACGACCGUUCAUAUUUCUCCAAAAUAAGGUCCCAUGGUGGUCCACCGGAAGGGGCGUGACUUCGCCUCUCUGUAGCACGUUGAUGUCUAUUUGCCAGACAUCUCUUCAUUAUUCACUUCAUUUGUUUCUUUUAGCUGGUCACAUCUCACGUGUGUUAAAAACACUCCGUCAGUUCCAGAUUGAAGAGAUUUACCAAAACGUGUGAGGGAUUUUAGAUGUCUAUGGGGUUUUUUUCCAGCCAAAUUCUGCCAGACUGCAGAGUUGUGAUAGCUAUUCAUAUUAGAUAUAGAUUGCAUGGCAGCCGUCUCCAGGAUUUAUUUGAGGCGCUGUCGAAUGGAAUGAAUUCACACAUCAAUAUUCCAUAGAAAAGUUUCAUCAGACAUCUAAAGACACACCACAAUUAGAUUCCCUCAGAGCGCUCAGUUUCUAGAGAGAAAACUUGAGAAAGCAUCAGAAAUAGAGAUCUUGAAGAAAUGAAGGGAAUGAGGGAAAAAGAAAACCAUUGAUGGAUUUGUCCUCUUUAAAAUCAAAUCUAAUCAGGGUGAGAUCGCUUCUUUUUUUAAUCUAGACAAAUGGAAAAGUGAAAUAUAUUUUACCACUGAAGCCAAAGACCUGCCACAAAUUGUCCACUUAGACAGUUUGAGAUACUUUUAGAGGUUUUUACCAGAAAUGUUUAUUUCAUUUUAUUACAACAUGCAGUCAGACUUGAUUACAGUAGAUUUGUUUGAGUCCCAAAGUUUGCACAGCUCAGUUCAAAUGUCACUCUGGUUUAAAAUUCAAAAGCCCAACUGGAGUUAAAUUUAACAAAAGUUACACCCUUAAAUGCUGUCGUUUCAUACCACACGUUACACUCCCGCACAGGGCUUUGAACGAGGUAGCUGUGAAGAACACUGAGCUAAUUUUGGCGUUGCAGUUUUCAGAGCUUUUUACAUGCUUUGAAGUUAAAAUGGGACACAACUGCCCCGGCUGUUGGUUGGGUUUCUUGUCGGAGUAUGUGCAAUUAAUAUCUUUGUUUGUUAUUUCCUCUGGAGGUAAUUUUUAUGCAGUCUUUUUACUAAUCCUCUCAUCAGUUAGUUUUGUGGCACAUAAACUGAUUCAUGUCAGUUAAAUCCUGCAAAUGAAGCAACAGUUACAGUGGAUGGGAGACGAUGGGAAUGUUUCAGGGACUGCAAAAGGUUCGUCUUUGUUGUGUUGUUUUUGUCAAGUUGAUUUCGAACGGUUUCUGCGUUUUACGGAACGACAUUUGCACAUUCAGUCCGAACGUUGGCGCUCCUCGAUGGAGACUGAGGACACGAUGAUGCACGCAGGAGAGGCAGAGAAAAACUCCCCGGUGAACUUUCGAGGAUUUGUUUUUUUCAGCGUGUGGAAUGUAAAAGUUUGCCUGGACUGAAAACAGAGACAUUUGGACCUGAUCUCAUCCGCUUCAGAGACACAUCUCAUCUUCAAAUAGAACCACUUAGUUUCACAUACAAACUCUUUUUGUGUGGUAACCGACCACAGCCUCGAAGAGAAACUCAACCACUGAGACUUGCUUCCAUUCCUCCUGCCUUGUUUCCCCGUCCGCUUCUGUUCUUAUCCGGCCAACAGGACGGCAGAUCCUGCAUCGACGCUCGCUGCUUGUCACUCAACGGAUUCAUUCUGAUUUAAUUAAAUGAGCUCUGCGUUAUUGAUCAGUACCUUGGAGUCAGUGGGAAUACACAAGCCUCCGCUUCACCAUAAAAACACUUUGAGUUUUACACCCAUGGGUUUAUUUGUGGUUAUGAUGAUCAAACACCCGGGAAAGCAUCUUUAACUCGGUGUACUUCUGUGCAGAAAUGUUCCCUUCUGUUAUAUUUGCUCUGGUUAACUGCAGCUGUUCAGCUUCUCACUGGGGAUGGGGGGGAAAUGUACCUUUGAGAUCAGGAUCCUGUGAUCCUUUUACUGCAGAUGUACAGUACGAGACUUAAUGGUCCACGGAGCGAAAAACGAGACAAAGCAGGUGUGAGUUUGUUGCUGCAUCAAAGGGUUUGUGUACUGAGGAAUGUGUGUGGACAGCACUGGUGGCUGUCCUUGUAUCUAGAGAUUUAAGCCUUUAUAUAGUAUAUAUAGUAUAAAUAUAUAUAACCUUUAUCUAUUUUAAUCCACACACUAUUUUGUCGAGUACGGAGCACCUCUAUUUCUGUCUUUAGAGAGUCUAAAUAUCAUUUAUUCAUUUUUAAAGCUUGACUUUCUUCAAACCUCGCUUGUUUUUGGGGGGAAGAAAACGGUGAGUAGUUAUCACUGUCCUAAACAAAGGAUGAAAUAGAUCUUCACAUGGUUUGAGGAGCAUUGACAUACAGAGCGAUGUACAGUAUUUUUACCCCUCUUGCUUAGGAGAUGAACCACUUUGAAAAGAGGCCGAAGGAUGACUUUUUUGAACGCGCCAUUAAAACCCAACAUCCAUCAACCGUGUACGGCCUACAGCGGAUAUUUGUUUUCUCCUUCUCUCUUUGCAUUGUUAAUUGCCACUGAACAGAAAAGCAGAAGCUCUCUAAGGCGUUCUAUUAAUAUGUGUACAGUUUGUCUCCUGGCCUGCCGCCAUUUAUUGUUGAUCAAGUUAACCAACAGUAACAGAACAAUAAAUAUAUGUUUUUAUAUAUA